AUUGGUCGCUUUGGAGGCCGCUCUCUUUAGCGUCGGCACUCCCAGAAAGGGGCGGGCCUGACAAGGCAUUGCUAAGCGACCAAGCUGUGCGCGGGGUCAGCCCAGUGAAGGAGCUUAGCAGGCGGAAGCGCCCAGGUAGCUGCGGGAUGGACCGCAGUCUGCCAGUUUUCUCAGUCGGAGACAGCCCCUUUGAGGAUACUGCCCUGGAUCAAAGCCACUACUGGCCAUCCCGAAGCCAGACCUGGCACCCCAAGACCCUGAGCCUGUCCAGGUCCCAGAAGUCCAAGCUCCCCAAAGUUCCUAAGGCUCUGGCCACAGGUCCCAACUCCUCUGAGCUGUUUGAAGAGUCCUGGCCAUCCAGCUCAGAGACCCCUUCCCCACCUAGCACCACUGAAGAACAGAAGGGAGCCUCCCCAACACCCACCCUGGUUGACAGCCGGGAGUCCGUGGUGGCCAAGUACAUAAACCGGUUCCGCCAGGCUCAGCCUACAAGCAGAGAGGAACGCCAGCCUGCAGGCCCAGCUGACUUUUGGUGGCUGCGGCCUGAAUCUCCAGACACCAACAGUCAACUUGCAGCAGUCAACUGGGGCUUCUCAGCAGGAGCCCGUGAACCAGAAGGAAGACCCGACAUAGCAGUCUCAACUCUUGCCAAGGUGAUGAGCACAUCUCAGGCUAAGGCUGUGGCCCCCCUUCAGGAAAUGAAGCAGAGCCUCAGCACGUGGAACUCACCCCUGGUGGACCUGGAGACGCUGAGCCUGCAGAGCAGAGCUGCCAGGCUGCUCAAACGCAGCAAGGCCUCCGUCUCCUCCUCCUCACUCAGCCCUAGCGAUGCCAGCGGCUCCUCAUGCCCCGUCAGCUCUGAUGGCCUCUCUCCCUUCUCCAUGACCUUCACCCCUGACUCCAGCAAGGACUCUGACCCCAAGGCACACGGAACACCAGCACAUGCCCCCAUCCCUGCUCCAGCCCCGAUCUCCUCCCAGGCACCCUUGCGUCCAGAGGAUGACAUUCUAUACCAGUGGCGGCAGCGGCGGAAGCUUGAAAGGGCUCGAGGAGGGCAGGGUGAUGGAACCUGGGUGCUACCCCAGACUCCUGCCCUCACCACUCCAGUCCCUGUCCCUGUUUGUCGACAAGCUCCCGCUGCCCCUGCAGAGUCCCUUGCUUCCUUGGGAACCCAGCCUAAUUGCGUCCCACUUUGGAGCAGUGUAACCCGGCCUGGUCCCCUGGAGGCCUUCUAUAUGGAGAGGCCUCCUAUUCCGCCAGGGUUCUCUCCACACAUCUUUUGGGGCCCCAGCCCCCAUGGGUUCUUCUGGGCCCCGCAGCCUGGUCCCUGGGUACCUCUCGGGGCCAUUCCUCCCACGCCCUUCGUCUCUACCCCUGCGCCUCCGGGUUCCACUCCGGUGCCCCAGGCCUCCACCGCGGCACCUUCAGCCUCCACCUCCCCGCCCCCAGCCGCCCCCCAGGAUCCGCCCGCUCUUGGGCCAAACUGCCCCGCCCAGCCUGAGAAGCAGGGCCCCAAGCCUGGGAGUGGCAGAGCCCGGCGCCGCGAGUCCGCUGGGAGAGUCACGGCAGCUGACGAGGGUCCUGGCCUGCAGCUCAGAGGCGCCCUGGGCCAGGUAGUAGCCGCGCGGCUUUUCCCGGACAGCCUGGAGGACACGCCCCCUCACCUUGAGGGCCCACCUCUGGCAGAGACUGAAUCUCAGAAAGUCAAGGCCACACAGCCCCAAACCAAGGUUACACCCCCUCUAUCUGGAUCCCAUUUUCCCAAAGAACAGACCCCGCCUAGUCGGUCUAAAGCAGAGUCUCGGAUUGCCAAGGCCAAGCUCCCCCUAGCGAUGUCGGAGCCGAAGAAGGACAAAGACACUCCCUUGGCUGAAGCUGGGUAUCUGAAACCCAGAGUCCCGCCCCCUCCAGCUAAGGAGGUGUCCGCUUGCAUCGAGGCCCCGCCCCCUUCCUUCAGGGCGGGGUCUCUGGAGGCGGUGGCUACGCCCCCGUCCGCUGCUGACCACGCCUCCUCAGAUCUGCUCUGCCAGGCCGCCCGACUUCUAGAGGCUGCAGAGGACUCUGACGGCAGCGAGUUCCAGGACGACCCUGUACUGCAGGUGCUAAGAGUUAAGAGGGCCGAGCUGAGGCUGCAAAAAAGGAAAGUGGCCGCGCAGUUAUCGCUCUUACUGGACCACACUGAAGACCAAGCGACUUGGUCUCCUCCAACCAGAUCACCUUCCAGGUCCCCAGAGAGGCGACUGCAAAAGGAAGGAGCUUCUCUUGAGACCAGACGACGCUGAAUUAUACAAAUUGUAUUUUUCCCAAUAAAAUAUAUUUUUCAAGUUA